AUGUCGUUGGACCUGAGCAUAUUCCAGGAUGCGGCCCCGUACCUCCGAAUGUCCGAGGAGAAAAAGAUGGAGAUCAUGGCCAAGCAGAUCGCUUUGGCUAAGCAGAUCGGUGGCCCCAAGCCCGUCUGGGUCCCUACUCCCGAGGAUGCCGAUAUGGGUUACACCCGAGGUAAAUGGUCCGAGACCAAGGGCGGUAUGGCCCAGCUCGUCCGAGACGACAACGAAGAAGUUUACCAGGUCAAGGAGGAAGAUGUUAUGGAAUGCAACCCUCCCAAGUACCACCAGUGUGAAGACAUGGCCAACUUGACUUACCUCAACGAAGCCUCUGUCCUCGACGUUCUCCGAUCUCGAUACACUGAGUUCCUUAUCUACACCUAUUCUGGUCUUUUCUGCGUCACUGUUAACCCAUACAAGAUGCUCCCCGUGUACGCCAUGUACUGUAUCGACGCCUACCGUGGCCGUAAGCGAAACGAAAUGCCCCCUCACUUGUACGCCGUCGCUGAUACUGCCUACCAGCAGAUGUUGACCUACCGAGAAAACCAGUCUAUGCUUAUUACUGGUGAGUCUGGUGCCGGUAAGACCGUCAACACCAAGAAGGUCAUCCAGUACUUCGCCCUCGUCGCUGCCGCUGGCGCUCCCGCUUCUGGCAACAGCAAGGGUGCCAAGUCUGCCAAGGACAUGACCCUCGAAGACAAGAUCGUCUCCGCCAACCCUGCCCUUGAAGCUUUCGAUGUCCACUUCGAACUUCACCACUACGCUGGUACCGUCGGUUACAACAUCGCUGACUGGCUCGAGAAGAACAAGGAUCCCGUCAACGCUUCCGUUGCUGCUCUCUAUCAGAAGUCCUCCCUUCCUCUCCUCAAGACCACUUGGGAGACCUGGGUUGACCCCGCUGAAGAAGGCUCCGGCGGUGGCGGAAAGAAGAAGAAGAAGGGUGGCGGAAAGACUGUCUCUGCUGCUCACAAGGAAUCCCUUGGUAAGCUCAUGACCACCCUCCGAUCCACUUCUCCUCACUUCGUCCGUUGCGUCGUCCCCAACGAGUCCAAGAACCCCGGUGUCAUGCUUGCUCACCUCGUCCUCCAUCAGCUCCGAUGUAACGGUGUCUUGGAAGGUAUCCGUAUUUGCCGACUUGGUUUCCCCAACCGUAUGCCAUACGGUGACGUCAAGCAGCGAUACCGAAUCUUGAACCCUGCUAUGCUCCCCGAGGGUCAGUUCAUGGACAACAAGAAGGCUUGCGAGAAGCUCAUGGCUUCCCUUCCCGUUGAUCACGACAAGUACCGAUUCGGUCACACCAUGAUCUUCUUCCGAGCUGGUUUCCUUGGUGUUAUGGAGGAUCUUCGAGAUAACCGACUUUCCGCCAUUCUCUCCGGUCUCCAGGCCCGUGGUAAGGGUAGACUUAUGCGAGUCGAGUUCAACAAGCUCGUCGAGCGACGUGAAGCCCUCCGAACUGUCCAGUCCAACUGGAGAAACUUCAUCAAGCUCAAGUCCUGGCCAUGGAUGGACAUCAUCUACAAGAUCAAGCCUCUUCUCCAGACCGCUGAGGAGAUGAAGAAGAUGGAGCGAAUGCUUGAGGAGGCCGAGCAGACCAAGAAGGAUCUUGAGGUCGAGCGAAAGAAGCGAAAGGACCUCGAAGAGCAGGUCGUCAUGCUCUCCCAGGCCAAGAACGAUCUCGUCAUCCAGCUUAACGCUGAGAUCCAGUCCAGCGAAGAUGCUGAGGACCGAUGCGACUCCCUCAUCAAGACCAAGGUCGAGCUCGACGGCAAGAUCAAGGAACUCCAGGAGCGAAUCGAAGACGAGGAAGAACUCAACAACGAGCUCGUCACCAAGAAGCGAAAGCUCGAGGACGAAUGCUCCGAAUUGAAGAAGGAUAUUGAUGAUCUUGAACUCACCCUCGCCAAGGUCGAAAAGGAGAAGCACGCAACCGAGAACAAGGUCAAGAACCUCACUGAGGAACUUGGUUCUCUUGAAGACACCAUCGCUAAGCUCCAGAAGGAGAAGAAGGCUCUCCAGGAAGCUCACCAGCAGACUCUUGAUGACCUCCAGGCCGAGGAAGACAAGGUCAACUCUCUCUCCAAGAUGAAGAACAAGCUCGAGCAGCAGGUCGAUGACCUCGAAUCUGCCCUCGAGGCCGAGAAGAAGGUCCGAAUGGAUCUUGAGCGAGCCAAGAGAAAGCUCGAGUCUGACGGCCGAAUGGCUGCCGAGACCAUCAUGGAUCUUGAGAACGACAAGCAGCGACUUGAAGAGAAACUCAAGAAGUCCGAAUUCGAAUACUCUCAGCUUUCCACUCGACUUGAAGACGAGCAGGCCCUUACUGCUCAGCUCCAGAAGAAGAUCAAGGAGCUCCAGGCUCGAAUUGAAGAGCUCGAGGAAGAACUCGAAUCUGAGCGAACCAUGCGAGCCAAGGUUGAGAAGCAGCGAUCUGAUCUCUCCCGAGAACUUGAGGAACUUUCCGAGCGACUUGAGGAAGCUGGUGGCCAGACUGCCGCUCAGAUCGAGCUUAACAAGCGACGAGAAGCCGAGAUGGCCAAGCUCCGACGAGACUUCGAAGAGUCCAAUCUCUCCCACGAGGCCCAGAUCUCUACUCUCCGAAAGAAGCACGCUGACACCGCCGCUGAAAUGUCCGAGACCAUCGACAACCUCCAGCGAGUCAAGCAAAAGCUCGAGAAGGAGAAGUCCGAGAUGAAGAUGGAGAUCGAUGAUCUUGCUUCCAACGUCGAGACUGUUACCAAGAACAAGCUCUCGUUCGAGAAGAUGUGCCGAAACCUCGAGGACCAGCUCCACGAGUCCCAGGCCAAGCAGGACGAGUUCGCCCGAGAAAUCAACGAACUCAACGCCAUCCGAGGCCGACUCCAGGCUGACAACCAGGAGAACGUCCGACAGAUCGAAGAGAAAGAACAGCUCGUCUCCCAGCUCACCCGAACCAAGAACUCCCAGGCUCAGCAGAUCGAGGAGCUCAAGCGAAACCUCGACGAAGAAUCCAAGGCCAAGGGUGCUCUUGCCCACGCCGUCCAGGCCGCUCGACACGACAACGAGCUCAUCAAGGAGCAGUACGAAGAAGAGCAGGAGGCCAAGGCUGAACUCCAGCGAUCUCUUACCAAGGCCAACACUGAAGUUUCUCAGUGGCGAACCAAGUACGAGACCGAUGCCAUCCAGCGAACCGAGGAGCUCGAGGAAGCUAAGAAGAAGCUUGCUGCUCGACUCCAGGAAGCCGAAGAGACCGUCGAAGCCACCCAGGCUAAGUGCGCUUCUCUCGAGAAGUCCAAGUCUCGACAGGCCGCUGAAAUCGAAGACCUCACCAUCGAACUCGAGCGAGCCACCCAGGCCGCUUCCCAGCUUGACAAGAAGCAGCGAAACUUCGACAAGAUCCUUGCCGAGGCCAAGCAGAAGCAGGAAGAAAUCCAGACCGAACUCGAACAGUCCCAGAAAGAAUCCCGAUCCCUCUCCACCGAGCUCUUCAAGACCAAGAACGCCUACGAAGAAUCCCUCGACGCCCUUGAGACCAUCAAGCGAGAGAACAAGAACCUCCAGGAAGAAAUCGCUGACUUCUCCGACCAGCUUGCUGAAUCCGGCAAAUCGAUCCACGAGCUCGAGAAGAACAAGCGAGCUGUUGAUGUUGAGCGAAACGAACUCCAGGCCGCCCUCGAGGAAGCUGAAGCCGCUGUCGAAUCCGAAGAAUCCAAGGUCCUUCGACUCCAGGUCGAAGUUGCCCAGAUCAAGCAGGACUUCGAGCGACGACUUGCUGAGAAGGACGAAGAAGUCGACAACUGCCGACGAAACGGACAGCGAGCUGUUGAAUCCAUGCAGACCACCCUUGACUCCGAAAUCCGAGCCCGAGGUGAAGCCAUCCGAGCCAAGAAGAAGAUGGAAUCUGACUUCAACGAUCUUGAAAUCCAGCUUGGUCAUGCUAACCGACAGUGCUCCGAAGCCCAGAAGGCCUUGAAGGCUCUCCAGCAGCAGAACAAGGAUCUCCAGGUCUCCGUUGAUGACUCCCAGCGAAACUCCGAAGAUCUCGCUGAGCAGGUUGCCGUUGUUGACCGACGAGCCAACCUUCUCCAGGGCGAACUUGAGGAACUCCGAGGUGCCCUUGAGCAGGCUGAACGAGGCCGAAAGCUCGCUGAAUCCGAGCUUCUCGAAGCCAACGAGCGAUCAGCCCUCCUCCACACCCAGAACACCGCCCUCAUCAACUCCAAGCGAAAGGUCGAGCAGGAAUUCCAGUCCGCCCAGUCCGAAGUCGAAGAGGCCGUCUCUGAGCAGCGAAACGCUGAGGAGAAGGCCAAGAAGGCUAUCUCUGACGCCGCUAUGAUGGCUGAGGAACUCAAGAAGGAGCAGGACCAGUCCGCUCACCUUGAGCGAAUGAAGAAGAACAUGGAGGCCACCAUCAAGGAUCUCCAGCUCCGACUCGACGAAUCCGAGCAGGUCGCCAUGAAGGGUGGCAAAAAGCAGAUCCAGAAGCUCGACCAGCGUGUCCGAGAACUCGAGAACGAGCUCGAUGCUGAGCAGAAGCGAACUGCAGACGCCCUCAAGAACCAGAAGAAACUCGAGCGAAAGCUCAAGGAAGUCGUCUACUCCGCUGAGGAAGACAAGAAGAACCUUGUCCGACUCCAGGACCUCGUCGACAAGCUCCAGAUCAAGGUCAAGACCUACAAGCGACAGGCCGAAGAAGCUGAAGAAGCCGCCAACGUCAACAUGUCCAAGUUCCGAAAGGUCCAGCACGAGCUCGACGAAUCUGAAGAGCGAGCUGAGAUGGCCGAGGCCACUCUUAACAAGGUCCGAGCCAAGUCCCGAGAUUAA